AAUACACGUUAUUUCUCUUUCUCGGUUACCCUACGGCAUACACCAGCCUCGCCAGUAUCAAAUAUGAGCACUAAUCUGCGGUUGCCGUCCUACCGCGAGAGCCAUCUGCGGCGUCAUCACCCGUAUCCCAUGACAGGGCGGUAUGCUCCUCGAGCCGACUUGAUGGAGACUAUUGACUUACGUUACGAGGAGGAAAUCACCAUCGUAGAUUUCAACAUCCCCCUGCCCGCCAUUCUUGAGGCAACUCACGAGGAUGAAGACAUCACAAACCUCGAGUGUGCUGUGCACGGCACUUCCUCUAAUCCUGCGGUCAAGCGUCGUGGUAGUCUCACCACUUUAGUCAUCGAUUUAGCGUUAGCCGUUCGCCGCCGCCUCCAGACUGCUCGGGCCUCCUCCAAGCCUUCCUCAUUGAUGGAAGGGGACACAUGAAAGCAGGGCGUCUCUGUUGGCUGCACUGCCGAGCGACUUAGCUCAGGUCUCGAACAAAAACAGGCGGAGCGUUGGCUCAACAGAAGAUUGAGCUAUUGUCGUGCUUUUUAGGGGUAUAUCUCUUCAGGUUUACUCAACGGUGUCUCGCUUUACGUGUCAUUUAGUGUUUUCUUUUUUUCGGGAUUUACUGCGCCUGGCUGCAACUCACAUUCACUUUAGUGUACAUGUUCGUUCUGUAGGAUUUGUAGCAUAGUUUGUUUUGUUCCAAACAUGGACCACUAAUUCGUUGCUCC